CGAAGUUUUACUUUGCAUUGUAUUGUUUGAAUGUGUAGCGGCCUUCGGUUCAGCACGUUUUGACUUUGUGUACCUAUCAUGACUACGUUUGGUGCAAAACUGGAACAUCUUUUAUGUUCCAGGGCUGAGAUAAUCAGCCGGAUGCACAGACCCCCACCAGCUGAAGGGAAUGAUUUGGAACGCCUUCUGAACUUACCUCCGAACACAAACCCAUCAGUACAAGCGCCACCACCCAAUGUACCAGUUUGGCCGGAUGAACAGGCAGCAGCAUUUUGUGCAGUUGCUCCUCCUAUUGAGACAUUCAUGGAUGUUCCUGAUGAAAUUCGCCGGGACCAAUUUUAUGCUACGUGUCGACGUGAUGAUGUAUUAGUGGGUGUUAUCAGUGUUAUACAGGAUUCCGGUCUUGUAGUCUCUGUCCUGGCAUAUGAUCAAGGACCUCGGCGGGAUUUUGAAGGUCUAAAGAUCACGGGCUUUUGUCCGUUGAGACAACUUCCGCGAUAUAAUGCUCACGGAAACGCUUUGGAUGCUUUUCAAAUAGGUGACAAAGUUCGUGCAUUUAUUCUUGACAUUCAUGGAGGUGGACGUCUAAUAUUAAGCAUGAAUGCGAAGAUGCUUAAUCGUGAUACUUAUGGGGAUCUGAAACUUGGUAUCAUAACUGAUGAUGAUAUGCCUCUAUAUUACAAGAAACUUCAGAAUUUGGAUGGCAAAUCGUAUGAAGCCUACCUUGAAUCAACACCACAAUUUCGCAACCCAGAUGGCCUUCAAGUUCUGUGCGCACGCAUGGGGAUACCACGUUCAUCAGCAUGUAGUCUUCUCUUUUGUAUUAAUAAAAUCCGAUUACCAAAAUCAGAGAUGGCUUGUGAGCUUAGACGUACCCAGUUGCUGAAUUUUUCAAUGAAACAUGUCGCCCAAGGUGUAAAAUAUUUCAAGGAAAGCCGAAAUACUGAAGCUUUACAGUGUUACAAUUUUGCAAUUGAAGUUGAACCAACUAAUCCUGACGCCUAUGUUGCCCGUGGUGCUCUCUAUGCCUCAAUCGGUACGUACACAAAGGCAGUGGAGGAUUUGGAGAAAAGUCUUGAAAUCCAACCAAAUCAUGUUAAUGCUAAAAAUUAUCUGGUUCAGACGCUAGUUGCGUAUGCUGGCGAAAUUGGGCGUAAGGAAAUAAGCAAGGCAGAACAAUUAAUAAAUCGGGCACUUAAGUUGGAUCCUGACAAUAAUGAAGCUCGAGAUGCACUGAAAGAACUUCAAACUAACGGAUCUUUCUCUACUAACAAGGAUGCUGGUUUGCGAUCCUGGUCACGAACGCCUUCUCCACGCGGUUCAAGUCGAAACGUGGGUAACAAACGUGACCACACUCCUCUUUCUCCAACUGCAGUUCGUCCGAGUGCGGGUUACGCCACUCAUAUGGAACGUAGUAGAGCUGCUCUAGAACAGCUUGUUGAAGAAGAUCGUAGUCGACGUGCUGCUAAAGAGGCUAAUCGUCAAAACCACGCACCUGACCAAAGCCCUCCAGGAUUUUUGUCUCCCAAUCCCUCUCACGAACGACGAAGAGGAGAUUACUAUCGCGAUGAUAGUCUAGAAUUGUUCUAUGAAGCGCAGAAAACGAAACAGAGCGAAGUUGCUCUGAGAAAUACUGAUUAUGUGGAAAUGAUAGUACUAUGUGUAAAAAUCAGUGGUAAAAAGAGUGUGUGAGGAUGGUGAAAGUAUGCUGCUGAUUCUCCAUAUAUCUAAAUGAGUUCAGAGGGGAGACUGUAUCGAUAUUUCACCAUCGGUGGGGACCAAGGAAUUAACAGUCUUGUUUUAAAAUCUCCAUCACUACUAUCACUACUCUAAAUUCUUAUUAUUAUUUUCGGAUCAAGAAUUUCAAGUCAGCUGGUUGUUUUUCUACCGGAAAAACAGGUGCUUUUUCAUAUUAGCUUUCUUUUUUAGCCACCAGAUUUAUUUUCUGAAGAGAAUAAUGAUCAUCGUCAUUAUCUGUUAUCUGAAUAAAAGGAAGGAAAUAUCAAAAAUGAAGAGUACUCAUGGAGAUCCACUCAUUAUUAUUGCUAAUUAUCAUUUUGAGUGUUUCGUGUGUAGUACUGAUUUAUUCUUCUUUUAGAUUUAAUAGAUGCUUCAUUGUAGAUGAAUAAAAGUUUUUAAAAAUGAGUCAGUAGAAAUGUAUAGAAAAACGUAAAUAUUAUCAUGUGUUAUUGUCUAUCGCCUGAUAAUUGGAAAUGCAAUGAAGCCUCUAGGACUAAUUAUUUAUAUAAAUAUCAGUAUGUAUACAUAUUCCCAAGAAGAAUGGUUCUUUUCCAGCAAUCUCUAUGCUGAUAUCGGGAUUUAUUGUUGUAUCCUACAUGGGGAAUCAUAUUCUAUGUAUUAUUGUCCAGAUAAAAUCUGCUGGUGGUGGUAAUGCUGCUAUGGACAAAACGAAUAUGGAUCGUGGUGACCUGUCUAAAAUUGUAAUUACUCGCAACCGAUCCGGACGUAUUAUACGCUGCAAAGAUGAUGACGAGAUGGGUGAUGAGUCAAACAGGUCAGAAGGCUUAUGGAAACGUUCCUAUGAUGAUAAUCGAAAUGGUCCGGAUAAUUCGAAAAGAAGUCGAGCAGAUGGGGAAUCAGAAUAUCGAAGCACAAGACGAGUAUUUACACCUCCACGAAAUGCACGUGAAGGAGAACAUGGUUCUCUUACUGUAUAUGAGAAUGAAAAUGAUCUUCCUAUGACUUCUAAAAGUCUUCAAGAGCGUGUUCAAGCUCGUUUACGUGCUAUAGAACGACGCCACCAACUGGAAGAAGGAAACAAUCCUGGAACUACUGAAGUUACUAACGGCGCACCUACUGGUCAGGAUAAAAAUCGUGAAGGUUCUCUUGCAGUCGGAGAUGAUGCCCCACCAUCUGAAUCUCCUAAAGGUGAUCGAGGACACUUUCGUGGGAAUGGUCCAUCAAGUGCUGAUCGUCGAUCAGGUGGCUCAUUUCAGCGUCCUGAAUAUCAUGGUAGCCGCGGCAGUGGAUACUAUGGAAGAAAUCGUCCUCGUGGAGGUCCCCGAUGGCGUAAUCAAUGGGAUGAUUAUCGUUUGCGCCGAAAUAACUGGCAUAAUCAUCGUUAUGAUGACCGUAGACGUGAUGGUCCGUCGGCUAGAUCGGGCAGUGCCAGUAACUUUGAACGUCGCAGAAAACGUUAUGGAACAUCUGGAUCUGCUGAGCGCUCACCUCGGUCUUCUCGUUCACGUUCGAGGUCACGAUCACACGUUUCUAAAAGUCGAUCACGUUCAUAUUCUCGGAGCCCUCGAUCAUCACCUCGAUCGCCAUCACAUUCACCAAUUCGACCUGGUGCUCGUGGAAGAGUAAUAUCUCGUGCUCGCAUAAAAACUCCCCCUCUUGCCCCACUAGUUACAAGUUUCAGGCGUAGUGAAUCAGAUGAAAACCUAGCUGAAUUAGACCAAUUUGUUGCACAGUUGAAAGCUAAAAGACAGUUACAACAGCAAUAUCAACAACAACAGUAUAUGGCUCAGUUCCAAGAGAUGCAAGGUCCAAUAGUCAACACUGCGGUUGUUUCUCAAACUCAGCAAGAUUAUCAGCAAAUGGAAUUAGAAUCUGGACAAAAUAGUCCAUCUAAAGGUGAUGGUGCUCCUGCAAAUAAUGAAUGCCUUUAUUCAGAUAAAGAUGAUACACAAAAUGAUUACAACUAUAGUCGUCAUCAACAAGAUUCUCCAGAACCUCCUCAAGCACAAUCUCCACCUCCACUUGAUGAUUCUAUGAGGGAAGAUAAUGUUGUUGAGAACGCGGCUUAAUGUGUUUUUGAACAUGUGUAGAAUUUUUCAUGAAUCACUGUAUUUUUUUUGCAUCUAUUAUUCCAUUCUGAAUUUUAAGCUGUUUAUUUGAGAAGUUCUGUGGAUAAAAAAAUUUAUCAUGUUCAUUGUUUGUUCAUCUCUAAUGAUUUUAUGAAAUGAACAAAUUUCAAUCAAUAUAAAUAGAGCUAAGUUAGUCUCUAUUAUAUAUCGUAUUCUCUUCAAUUACUAUAUUACUAAAUACCCAUAUAUACACUUGAUAAAGCAAAUUGUUCGUAUAUAAUUCUUAAAUCACUAUCUUCAAUACGUUUCUCAUUAUGAACUAUUCUGUAGAGUUUGAC